AUUUAACCCAUUCCCUUUCCUUUCUUUUUUUUUUUACCUUUCCUUUCCUUUUAACCUUUAUCUCUUAUUAAAACCCCAGUCUAUCCUUAUUUAACUUUUUUUUAUUCAUUCUCCUCACCAAUAAUAUAUAUAUAUAUUCAUCAUGACUGAACUCUCUUUAUCCACGUCUACUAACCAGUAUGAUUACAUGGUUAAUAUCAAUCCUUCCAUGGUACAAAAGGUUUCCAGUCCUGAAGAUAUGAAUACUUCUCCACCGGUAUCGUAUGAUGAUUCCACUCAACAAUAUGCAUAUCAAGGUAAUAAAUAAUAAUAAAUAAUAAUAAUAAUAAUAAUAAUAAAAGAAGAAAUGGUGAACAGUAGUAAGCUAUUCAAGGGGCAACCUAAAAAAAAAAAAAAGGAGGAAAUUAACUUUUUAUUAUUAUUAUUAUUAUUACUUGUUAGAAUAUGCAUUUCAACAAAUGCCUUUAGGUUAUCCACCUGUUUAUCCUGUUCCUCGUUUUGAUCAAACUACUACUACUGCUACUACGACUUAUUACGAACCACAACGACUUGUCCAACAACAUCCCAAUAGUCCAGAUUCUAUUUCUUCUACUUCAUCACCACCUACCCCUCCAUCUACUACAACUUCAGCUUUAUCUCGUACAGUUACCAUGCAUCCUUCAUCAUCUACUUCAACUAUCUCAUCCACUUCUUCUUCUUCUUCAUCUCUCGCUACAGCAAAUUCAUCCACUCCUUAUACAAAUAUUCUUACUUCUCAAGCUCUUGAUCAUAAUACUACUCCUACAAUGAUCAAUCCUCUUGUACCUUCUUCUUUUUCAAAUGCUACAACUGCUCGUGUCAAAGAAACAAUCGCUCGUGCAAAUUCAGUACCCAUGGAAUUCUAUCAUACUGAAUUUUUGGAAUAUUCAAAAGAAACUUAUGAGCGUAAAAUGGAUGCCAAACGAAAUAAACGCAAACGACCUCAACAAAACAACAAUAUUGUACGUGAUGAAUCAUUAUCACAACAGGAACAUAAUAACAAACGAUCCAAAAAACAACAACAACAACAACAACAAAAUGAAUUAGUGGAUGAUAAAGAAGAUUCUGAAGAUGAUUUAGAUGAAGAUGAUUUGGAUAAGGUGGCUAAUGCUCAAGGUCUUAGUAGUGCUGAACUUCGACGUCAAAUUCAUAUUCAAUCAGAACAAAAACGUCGUGCUCAAAUUAAAGAUGGUUUUGAUGAAUUACGAAAACAUUUACCGGGCUGUAAUAACAAAAAGAUGAGCAAGGCUGCUUUAUUGACAAGAACCGUACAACAAAUCCAACAUUUGAAAUCAAUGCAAUCUGAAUUACUCGCUGAAGUAGAACGUCUUGUCCAAGAAAAUGAAAACUUGAAAAAGUUUCAACAUGGUGUUCUUCAAAGACAGGCUAUGGAAAAAAUGUACAACUUUUGAUCAUUCUCUUUCCUUUUUUUUUAGUGUUUUUACUUUUUUACUUCUUUGUGUUUAUUUAUGAUUCAUCUUUUUCUUUUAUAUUUACUGUUUUUUUUUCAUGGAUUCCCUUGCUUUAUGAUUUCUUACUUUUUUUUUUUUGAUCUCCCUAGUAUCUUUUCCCUUUCUUUAAUACCGUUUUUUUCUUAUUUGUAUCUUCUUUCCCGUUUUAUAUUCUCUCUCUUCA